UUGUAAAGAGUUGAGAAUCUGUCAAAUUUAUUUAUAGCAACAUAUAUGUCAACUUCCGGAGAAGAAUAGGAUAAAAUUUGCUUUGUCACUAAAUUCUCUUUUUAAAUAAUGUUUCAGUUUGGCAGGAUGUUCCCGGAGAUGCCGGGUAGAAAUUUCAAUGAGACUUAUCGUUGUUAUUCUGUGUCCAUGCUUGGUGAUAGGGAGGAUGUUGAGAGGGGUGGAAAAAUUAUCAUGCCCCCAUCUGCUUUGGAUAAACUUACACGAUUACACAUACAGUACCCAAUGUUGUUUAAAUUGACCAACAAGAAGAUGAACAGGGAGACUCAUUGUGGAGUGUUGGAGUUUGUUGCAGACGAGGGAAGAAUUUAUAUACCGUACUGGAUGAUGAAGAAUUUACUGCUACAAGAAGGGGAUCUGAUACAGAUUGACAAUGUAUCUCUACCUAUAGCAACAUUUGCCAAGUUUCAACCUCAACAUACAGACUUCCUUGAUAUCUCAAAUCCCAAAGCUGUCUUGGAAAAUGCAUUGAGAAGUUUUGCUUGCCUCACAGUGGAAGACUUGGUGGAGUUCAAAUAUAAUGACAAGAUAUAUGAACUUCGGGUGUUGGAAACAAAACCAGGAAGAGCAGUGUCUAUCAUUGAAUGUGAUAUGAAUGUAGAUUUUGCACCGCCUUUAGGAUAUAAGGAGCCUGAAAGAGUAAGACCGCAGGAAUCAGAAGAUAAAAUGGAACAUGAGGAUAUGGAUGAAGAGGACAAUUCAUUUAAGAUAUUUCAAGGUAAAGGUAACAGGUUGGAUGGUAAAACUAAAGGUUUGGAGGUAUCACAGAGUCAGAUAACCACUGGACCACCUAAAAGAGGCAUACCUAACUAUAAUUAUAAGAAGCACACCAUCACUUUCAUCAGGAAUUCAAAGAAAGUAGAAAACGGCACUUCACUCGAGGACAAAGACUCAUUUGAAGCAUUUUCUGGUUCAGGUCAAAGUUUACGAAAUAAAGGCAAAAGUAAAGGUCGAAGGUGAAGGGUUUAUUCAAGUGUAUUCAUUGUUCUUUACCAAGUUAUUUAUUGUAAAUGCUGAGAGAAAACACCUAUUAGCAUCUUCAAAAUUGUCAAUUGGACAUGUGACAUUUAAGUUAAACUUAAAUUUGAUUGAAAUACUAGACAGUAAAAUGAAUCAGAAAUUGGAAAAUUAACAUUUGCAAAAUUGCAAAAAUGUUUUCAGAUUUGUGUUAAAGAAUUAUAUGUUUGAAAGUGCAAUUGGAAAUUGUGUAUAUUAGAAUAUGUAA